CCAAUCUCACUCUACCAGCCAUGCAAUUAGGACUCUCCGAGAACCUGUCUGCGCUGGUCGCACGGCGGUUCGCCGCCGCCAAAGAUGGUGGACAUCUCAUCUUUUCGUCCACGCAUCUAUCAAUCAUCACCACAGCAGGAAUUCCAUACCAGCUCCGCUACUGCCCUGCUCUUGCCAUGAAGCCCAAAGAUCUCAAACAAAAUCCGUCCCCAGGCCCGAAACCUCCAAAAAUAGACCCCUUUGAGAACCCAUCCCCAGAUCUCCUCCUCGCAAGCUUCCCCCCACAAAAUCCAACCCACGCCCUCGUCCUCAACAAAUUCCCCGUGAUCCCAAAUCACUUUAUCCUCGCCACAAAAGCCUGGAAAGCACAAACAGAUAUCCUCGAGACAGCCGACCUCGAAGCAACAUACGAAUGCCUCCGCGCCUGGGGCGACAAUCCCUUCUCCACAGGAUUAAGUAGCCCAAACCCAAGCUCAGCCAACAGCACCAACCGCCUAUUCGCAUUCUUCAAUUCCGGCGAAGACAGUGGUGCCAGCCAACCGCAUCGACACCUCCAAUUCCUUCCCGUCGAAGCAAUGCACCAACCAGGCACCGAAUCCUGGUCCCCCCUCAUCGACCUCGUCACAGCUCAACCACAACAGAACCCCUCAACCUUCCAAUCCCACCCCUCCCUGCCCUUCGCACACUUCGCCCUCCCACUCCCAUCAAACCCAAGCCCGGAAACCCUCCAUGCGAUCUACAUCGCGCUCUACCGCGCCGCCGUAGCCGCCGCACAAGGCCGAGACGCUAGCCACGGCGUCCAGUCUAUCCCCACCCACGGCCCGUCUGCUAUAAGCUAUAACCUAGCUAUGACGCUAGAGACGAUGAUGAUUGCCCCGCGCAUCGCGGAAACAGCCCGGGUGCCGGUUGAUACUGCCAUUGAGGGUGAUAUUGUGGACCAUGGUGUUGUUUCGCUGAAUGGGACCAUUUUGGCGGGGACGUUGAUGGUUAAGGCGCAGGGGGAGUGGGAUGUUUUGAGGACGAAGCCGGAGGUUUUGGGGAGGUUGUUGAGGGAUGUGGGUGUGUCGGGGGUGGGGAUGGGGCAGGCUUCGUUGUAG